GUUACGUCAUGAUCCUGUACUAUUCCCGAAUAGGAAGCCAGAGCCAGCAGCUCGAUCUUUCUGAUUUUGAAGAUAUCGACACGGUAGAUAUUAUGGCAAACUUCUAUAAGAAAAAUAAGCAUAGCUUCUUGUCCCUAACAACUAGUUCCCCCCAUUCCUGAGGCAAAGUAUCUGUUGGAGCAACAUACACUUGCCAGCCACGGAUUCUUCAAUUCCUACACAUGAAGCUAUCCUUUUCUUCACGGCCUAUGCCCCCUGAGCGAGAUAUGAUAUCGACGAUUAUGCCACGGCAUUUUGGGCGCAUAUAUAUAAAGACAGUGCUUUCUGCAACAGACCGAUCGAUCAGGUGAACCGAGAUAUAUAACAGCUUAUACGCCCCCGAACUCACAUAGACAUCAUGCACCCUAAUUUUCCAAGCGAUCAUGGCAACGGACGAGGGGUGGGCGGCGGCGGCGGCCAUAGCAGGCGCAAGCCGAUUCAUCAGCUUCUCGGUGGAGGGCGAGCCGCGGACAUCUUGCUGUGGAAGGACAGGAAUUUGUCUGCAGGCCUGCUCGCUGGGGCCACGUUGGUAUGGUACCUGUUCGAGGUAGUUGAGUACAGCAUUGUACCGCUCGUUUGCCAGAUAGCCAUCCUGGCCAUGCUCGUCGUCUUCAUCUGGUCGAAUGCUGCGCCCCUCUUGAACAUAGCUCCUCCAAGGAUCCCAGAAGUGAUCAUCUCUGAGCAUGCCUUCCGACAAAUAGCACAGAUCAUCCAUUACAAACUGGCACACACCGUGUCUGCUCUUUAUGACAUUGCAUGCGGGAAGGAUCUGAAGAAAUUCCUCCUGGUGGUCUUGUCACUGCUAAUAGUGUCAGAGGUUGUAAGUUCUUACAGCUUCACAAGUCUUCUAUAUCUUGGAUUUCUCUGCGCCCACACUUUGCCAGCGUUGUACCAAAGAUAUGAGACAGAGGUUGACCACCUAGCCGCAAGGGGUAGUGAAGACAUCAAGAGGUUCUACAAGAGGAUUGAUUCCAAUUUGCUGAACAAAAUACCAAGGGGCCCAGUCAAGACAAAAGUUAAAUAAAAUAUUCUCCCUGAGAAUACAUCAACAGUUCCUUUGCAAGGAUGCAUGAAUGGACCUAUCAUAAUCUGCAAUAGAAUGCGUGAAUACAACCCCACAAAUGUGAAAAAGUAAGCUUGGAGAAUUCAGACUUGACUGCUAGCAUCCAAAUGUACCUAGCAAUGUGUUACAAGCAUAUUUUCAGGAUUUCAACAAUCAAUAUGAAAUGGACACUAAUGUUGUAAUCUC